GCGCGCAGCCAUGAAGCUGAACGAGCGCAGCUUGGCCUUCUACGCCACCUGCGACUCCCCGGCCGACAACUGCGGCUUCCUCUACAAGCGCGGCGAGCGGCACACGGCCUAUCACCGCCGCUGGUUCGUGCUCAAGGGAAACAUGCUCUUCUACUUCGAGGAGCGCGACAGCCGGGAGCCCGUGGGCGUCAUCGUGCUGGAGGGCUGCAAUGUGGAGCUCUGCGAUUCGGCCGAGAACUUCGCCUUCGCCAUCCGCUUCGGCGGCAGCAAGUCCCGCACCUACGUGCUGGCGGCGGAGAGCCAGGAGGCCAUGGAGUCGUGGGUGAAGUCGCUGUCCCGAGCCAGCUUUGACUACAUGCGGCUGGUGGUGCGGGAGCUGGAGAAGCAGCUGCAGGAGAUGAGCCGGGGGCUGCCCGGGGGAUGCUCCCAGGACGCUCCCGACCCUUGGAAGCCGAAGCCGUCGGGGCUGGAGCAGUGCCGGGAGCGGCUGCCGGCUCUGCCCGCUGUCCCGCCCAAGGAGAACGGCUGUGCGGUGUGGAACAACGUGCUGGAGGCCGAGGAGCGGCCGCCCGACACCUCUGGGCACGAUGAGGAGGGGGCGCCGCGGCCGCCGCCGCUGCCGCCCCGCCGGAGGGUGUCGAACGGCAGCGGGACAGCGAGCGCCGUGGCACAGAGCCCGUCCACGUUCUGCCGCCUCCACGAGCAGUACAGCCGGGAGGUGGCCCGGCUGCGGCAGGACUGGCAGCAGAAGCGGCGUGGCUCCCAGCUCUGA